AUGGAGGAAGAUUUGUUCCAGCUGAGACAGCUGCCGGUAGUCAAGUUCCGACGCACGGGGGAAAGCUCCCGGUCAGAUGAGGAUGCCCUCUCGGGAGAGCAUGAAGUCCACAUUGAGGGUGUCCAGACACAGUUAGAGGCGGUGGAGUUGGAAGAUGGAGGGAUGGUGCCAAAGGAGUUUGCCAACCCAACUGAUGAUACGUUUAUGGUGGAAGAUGCGGUGGAAGCUAUCGGAUUCGGCAAAUUCCAGUGGAAGCUCUCUAUUCUGACAGGCUUAGCAUGGAUGGCUGACGCCAUGGAAAUGAUGAUUCUGAGCAUCCUAGCACCUCAGCUUCAUUGUGAGUGGCGAUUACCCACCUGGCAGGUUGCGUUGCUUACCUCGGUGGUUUUUAUGGGCAUGAUGUUCAGUUCCACUCUCUGGGGAAACAUUUCAGACCAGUAUGGCAGAAAAACAGGGCUAAAGAUCAGUGUACUGUGGACCUUAUACUAUGGGAUUCUUAGUGGCUUUGCACCAGUUUACAGCUGGAUCCUGGUGCUGAGAGGACUGGUGGGUUUUGGCAUUGGUGGAGUCCCUCAGUCGGUAACGUUAUAUGCCGAAUUUCUGCCGAUGAAAUCCAGAGCAAAAUGCAUUUUGUUAAUUGAGGUCUUCUGGGCCAUUGGGACUGUCUUUGAAGUUCUCCUGGCGGUAUUCGUGAUGCCCACCCUCGGUUGGAGUUGGCUGCUCAUCCUUUCGGCUGCCCCUCUUCUGCUGUUUGCCAUCUUGUGUUUCUGGUUGCCAGAAAGUGCACGAUAUGAUGUUUUAUCUGGGAACCAAGAAAAGGCCAUGGCCACUUUGAAGCGGAUAGCGGCUGAGAACGGAGCUCCGAUGCUGCUAGGGAAGUUGAUCAUCUCGAGGCAGGAAGACAGAGGAAAAAUGAGGGAUCUAUUCACUCCCCAGUUUAGAUGGACAACACUCCUGCUUUGGUUUAUAUGGUUCUCCAACGCCUUUUCUUAUUACGGCUUAGUUUUAUUAACAACGGAACUCUUUCAAGCAGGAGACCUCUGCAGCUUAUCCAGCAAGAGAAAAACAGUAAAGGCAAAAUGCAGCCUGGCAUGUGAAUACCUAACAGAAAAGGACUACAUCGAUUUGCUGUGGACUACUCUGUCUGAGUUCCCAGGUGUUCUGGUGACCUUAUGGGUUAUUGAUCGAAUAGGGCGUAAAAAGACGAUGGCGCUCAGCUUUUUUGUCUUUGCAUUUUGUAGCCUCCUGCUCUUUCUCUGCGUUGGAAGGAAAGUUCUGACUGUGGUACUAUUCAUCGCAAGGGCUUUUAUUUCGGGAGGAUUUCAAGCAGCUUACGUUUACACCCCUGAGGUUUAUCCAACAGCCACCCGGGCCCUGGGUCUUGGGACCUGUAGCGGGGUAGCCAGAGUUGGUGCACUCAUCACGCCAUUUAUCGCACAGGUGAUGCUGGAGUCCUCCGUCUAUCUGACGCUGAUUGUUUACAGCGGGUGCUGUGUCCUGGCCGCUCUGGCUUCCUGCUUGUUGCCCAUCGAAACCAAAGGCCGUGGCUUGCAGGAGUCCACCCACCGGGAAUGGGGGCAAGAGAUGUUUGGGCGUGGAGUCCCCCACUCAAACUCUGGAUCUCAGGGGUGA